AUGGUCAUGAAUUUAAGUAUUAGUGGUAACAGAAGAUUAUCAUUAUGGAAUUUUAUUUCUUUCGAACCGCUUUAUGUUAUUAUUCCUAAUAUAUUUAUCAUACGUCCAAUACGAAUUUUAUUGAAUUAUUAUAUUAAACCGGCAAAAUUUUUAGUCGUCAUACUUCCACGAAACAUUUGGAAUAAAGUUCGUCGAAAUGAAACAAUAUGUUGUUUAAUUGGAUUUGGUAUUGGUGUUGGUUGUUGUAUACUUUAUCGUCUUAUUUCAAAUUUUCUCACUCCUUCUUCAUCGUCGACAACAUCAAUCUCAAAUAAUACACUAUCGUCUUUGUCAAACAAUAUACGUGAUGCAAAAACCUCACAAAUGGGUCAAGAACAUUCAUCGUUAUCUUCCAAUGGAAAUGAAAUAACUGUAACUUAUACAAAACGCCCACGUUCAUCAACAACAUUAAAACGAACAAUACCAGAUAGAAUUAAUACAACAACAGCUAAUGAUAAAUGUCAUUAUCAACUAUAUUCAAAUGAUUCCGAUCGUGAACCAUUACUUGGUUUACCUAUUGAUAAACAUCAUAUAUCAAUACCAAAUAAAAACUAUCAAACAAGUCAAUUAUCUGACGAAAUGACAUGGUCAGAAAUAUCAUCAAUGGGUACAAGUGUUUUAUUACAAGAAUCUUAUCAUUCCAAUUCUUUAACUGGUGAUUCUGGUGUUGAUUGUCAUGAAAUUUCGACAAUUAAAUUAUCACACAGUCAACAACAUAAUCCUGAUGUAACAACAAUAACAAACCCAAUUAUUGAUAAUGAUUAUGAUGAAAAUGAAUCAUUAAUUAAUUAUUCAAUAAAUGAUACAAAUACAUUACUGCAUUCAGAACCAAGAAAAUAUGAUUCUGAUACAGCACUUAGUCGUGGUGUUAUACUUCAAGAUACACAAACAGUAACAGAAUCUCAUGUUCGAUCUUGUAUGUCAACAGAAAAAGGUUUAGAACGUGCAUUAGAACAGACAAGUCGUUUUUAUUCUGACUUAGAACAUAUUGCAACCGAUUUAAAUACGUUAUCAAAAAAAUAUUCUAAAUCACAAUCAUCAGUAUCACCAUCAGUAUCAAAAUAUUAUAAUAAACCUACAAAUAAUACAAUUGAUGCACUUGAUUGGGACUGGAAUGAUGUUCAUUCUUCACCAUUAGUACAAUCACCAAAAAAUCGUCAUAAAAAACAAUUUCAACAUUGUACAUCGUCAUCAUUAUCCCGUUUAAAUAAUCAUAAAUAUAAAGUACGGAAACGAUUAAAUAAUAUCCAGAAACAAACGGAUUAUAAUGAAUCAGAUCUUGAAAUGCGUACAUCAAUUUCAUAUGAUUGUACAAGUUCACCUUUAAGACGAAGACCAAGUUCAGUUUAUUUUGAUUCAACAGAUAAUACAAGUGGUGAUGAAAAUUUUGGAGAUGAAACUCUACAAAUUCCAUCACCAUCAUCGGUGCUAACUUCAUCAAGAGCGACAGAAUGUUUUUCAAUUUCAAAAUAA